GCUCGUCUUCCGGUGUUGUUCUUGAAAGACAUCAUAGUACUAGAUUCAGCCAUCCAUCCAACAAUACCGGCAUAAGAGAUCCACAUUCAAUCGAAAGAGCCAAAUCUGUCAAAACCCCCUACGAAAGCUAUAUUUAGAUCAAGAACCAUAGCCAUGGGUCAAUCGCAAAGCAUCGCGGCAGAGAUUGAAAUCCAGGCCCCGCCGUCGGCCGUGAGAUCAGUGUUUCUGGAGUUCAGCAAAUACAAGCAGUGGAGUCAGAAGUGGACUAUCGAGCCGACUGAGCCGGGCAAGGAUCCCUUGGAGCUCAAGGAUGGCGAUAAGAUCAAGGUUGACAUGGGAGGAAUGGCAUUCAGCCCAGUCAUCAUGGAAAACACAAGUGAGACGCUCCAUUGGGUGGGGUCGGUUCCGUUCUUAUUCACUGGCAAACAUGAGUUUUGGUUCAACCCGAGUGAGCAAAACUCCGGAGGCACCAGGUUCAUUCAGGUCGAGGAGAUUCGUGGCCUCUUGGCAUUUAUUAUGGCACCAAUGUGGGGUUUCAGGCAGAAGGUUCUUUUUGGAUGGAACCAGUUCAAUGAAGAUCUGAAGAAAGAAGUCGAGAGUCGCCCGUUCUGAGAUAACAUCUUUCUCGAUCGAAGAACUUCAUAGAACACUUGGAGAGGCAUGAGAGAGACGAAGUCAAGGUUGGCCAGAAGCUCUAAACAUGACUGAAAUGAACUUUUGGUAAAUGAAAGGCUAUUUUCUCAAAGCAAUUUACACUCAAAUUGGAGUAAGAAGAACCAUUUGCAGCACCAA